CUUGAGAGAGCCGAGCAAAGCAGAAAGACGGUCACAAACCUCUUUCGAGAAGACGAGAGCAGUGUGGGCGUGGCGAGGAGCCAGAGGCGUACUCGACCGCUGUCGAUAAGGGCCUCGAGGUCCCGUGUCGUGUGUAGCAAGGCGCAAGGGAGCUAG